AUGGAGACACAGGGGAUUGAAGCGCUGGAGCCCGGGCAUUCCCGGUCCUUGCGCGAUUUCGAGAUCGGCCGGCCCCUGGGCAAAGGUCACUUUGGACGAGUAUACCUUGCCCGCCUUAAGACUGCAUCCUCCUUUAUCGUCGCGCUCAAGUGCCUCGACCGCGCAGCUGUGGAGAAGAAUCCCAAUGUCGAGCGACAGGUUCGAAGGGAAAUUGAGAUCAUGAUGAACUUGCGACACCCAAACAUUGUGCGCUUGUACGACUACUUUGCCGAUGAGAAGAACCUCUACCUCAUGCUCGAGUUUGCAGGCAAGGGCGAGCUGUUCAAGCAGUUGGCCAAGCUCGGCCGGUUUAGCGAGCGCAGGAGUGCAAAGUACACCCGCCAAGUGUCCUAUGGCCUUGCGUACUUGCAUUCCAAGAACGUGAUCCACCGCGACCUCAAGCCUGAGAACCUGCUCAUUGGGCUGAAUGGCGAACUCAAGAUUGCUGAUUUCGGGUGGAGCGUUUACUCGCCCGAGGAGAGCCAAAGGACGAUGUGCGGUACUCUGUCCUACGUGUCCCCCGAGAUGGUUCUGGGGCAGCCGCACGGCAAGGCGAUUGACAUAUGGGCCCUAGGUGUGCUGGCAUACGAGAUGGUGGUGGGCGAGGAGCCGUUUGCAGCGGACACCAGAACCGGACCACGACACUUUGUCACUCCUGUCGCACAGAGCUUCAUUACCAGCGUGAGUCGAGCUUUCGGCGGUUGCCCCGUCGCUCACUAUUCAGCUGCUCCGUCUCGUACCGACCGAGCUGCAGGGCUUGAGGAUACGACUGUUGACCCUUCAAGUCAAUAUCCAGGACAUGCACAUAUUGCGUCGCGCCAACCAGACGAGGCGAUUGCGGCCUCGUAA